CUGUCAUUUCCGGACGCGGCGAACAGAAGGAAAAAUAUAUAUUGCACAUCCAAUGGAAUGGAUUAAUAAAUGCAGUAGCUAGCUAGCUGCUCGAAAGUAAUAAUUUCAACCACAAAACAUAUGUGAUUAUCAAAACGGGUAUCCUGGACGCUUGGUUUUUUAAGUCUCGCUAUAUAUUUGCAUCAGUCCAUAAAUGACGGUCCUAUCUGAGGAGACGGUGUUUCCAGGUCUGAAUAGCUAAACUAGUUAGCUGGCUACCCAAUGCUAGCUAGUUAGCGGAUACAUUUCUGCUAACUAACAUUAGAUGGCCAGCCUUGAUUUGGUAUCUGGUUAAUCCGAAAAUUGUAUUUGUGUCUCAUUAUUUUUAGCAGUGCCGGUGUGUUUACUUAUUUCGUUGCAGUUUGAACGUGUUUUAAAGGCACGACUUAACGUUAACGCUUUGACUCCUUCUCUUGAAGGCUAGCUAGUAGAAGGUCAACAUUGUUGAACCCUGCUAGCUACAGCUGACUACAGUGGGUGGGAUACACUUCUCAGCAAACCGUCAGCUGCAGUUAUGUGUAAUGAGAUAUAAACAGAGUGGGUGUUUCAGCUAUCCAGGUCCAGACAGUUGUUCAUUAGUUAGUCAUUAGCUAGCUAACUGAGAAAGUAGCUAUAACAUUACCUGCUGGCUGAAGUUACUCAAUUCUCUCCAACCAUGAUCAAGUUGAUGCGCCCGAAAAUACCUCAAUAACAACAGCCAAUACUUGGAAAUAUGGAUUUCACGUGGACUAAAGCCAUACUUCAAAAUCCCCCGAUUCUACUUUCAAAAUUACAUUUUCAGACUACUGUCUUAGCUACUUUUUGAUUUUUGCUGACAGGACAACUUUCCCUGUUUUGUUUUGGAGAGUAUUGUUUUGACUUGGGAUUUCUGGUAUAUUUUUGCAUGGUAGUUAGUUUCUUUCUCAAUAACAGAGUGGACAAUGAAUGGCCUAUCUGUCAGUGAGCUAUGCUGCCUGUUCUGCUGCCCCCCCUUUCCGAGCCGUAUUGCUGCCAAGCUUGCCUUCCUGCCUCCUGAGCCUACAUAUUCCCUCCUCCCAGACCUAGAGGGGUCUGUAGCCCCGGGGACAGAAGGGACCGCAGGGCUGAGAUCCAGAGCUAGUGGGGUACCUGGGGCUGCUGUAGGGGGUUCAGUCAGCACUGGUCCUGCAGAAGGAAAAUGGAAGCUCCACCUGACAGAGCGAGCCGAGUUCCAGUAUUCCCAGAGAGAACUGGAUGCUACAGAUGUGUUCCUUACCCGCUCCAGUCGUGGAAACAGAGUGGGAUGCAUGUACAUCCGCUGUGCCCCCACUGCCAGGUUCACAGUGCUGUUCUCUCACGGCAAUGCAGUGGACCUUGGCCAGAUGAGCAGCUUCUAUAUCGGCCUGGGAACGCGUAUCAACUGCAAUAUCUUCUCCUACGACUACUCCGGCUACGGUGUCAGCACGGGCAAGCCUUCAGAGAAGAACCUCUACGCUGACAUUGACGCCGCCUGGCAGGCCCUGCGCACACGAUAUGGCAUCAGCCCAGAGAACAUAAUCCUGUACGGGCAGAGCAUUGGCACCGUGCCCACGGUCGACCUGGCAUCUCGGUAUGAGUGUGCCGCUGUGGUGCUCCACUCCCCCCUCACCUCUGGCAUGCGGGUGGCCUUCCCAGACACCAAGAAGACCUACUGCUUUGAUGCUUUCCCCAACAUUGAGAAGGUGUCUAAGAUCACGUCGCCGGUGCUGAUCAUCCACGGGACGGAGGACGAGGUGAUCGACUUCUCCCACGGCUUGGCUCUGUUCGAGCGCUGUCCCAAGGCCGUGGAGCCACUCUGGGUGGAGGGGGCGGGACACAAUGACAUCGAACUGUACAGCCAGUACCUGGAGCGCCUGCGCCGCUUCAUUGGCCAGGAGCUGGCCGCACAGCACGCCUGAUACCCCCAUACCACCUGAGCCCCCAGUCCUCCUCUGGCUCCGUGCUGUUCCCCUGGUCGGAGUGGGUCAGUGAAAAUGGGUGGCUCUGUCUUGGAGGAGGGGUGAAGUCUGGCCUCUCAGAAUGAAUAAUCCUUCACCUUUUGGUCAACUUUGUCUGGAUGCUCACAGCCCUGUCUUUUUGUUGUUUUCCGUCUUUUCUGUCUCUGUCAUUAAUCCUGGUCAGGGAUUCUCUAGUCCACCUCUCGCCCCGGGGACAGUGCAAGAAUGCAACCCAGACAUGGAGGGCUCUCUACUGGUCUGUCUAAAGCGCCUCUCUCUUACCCCAGCCUAACACAACCUCAGAUAGGUCAGGUGUUCCAAACAUGUACUGUUUAACCUCUUCUGAGACAUUUACACAUGAUUCAACUUUAACUAACAACCCUAACAUGGACAAAUAAUUGAGUGAUGAAUAUUUGUCAUUUUAUCUUUUAACACAUGACACUGAGCCACUACUUUACAAAUCAUGUGGUAUUGACAGAUUAGUAUAACUGUCCUGUUUGAAAGCAGGUUUGUUGCGAAUGUUUUGUGUGGAAUCUUCUUAGCUCUCUCUCUCUCGUUUACAAUUAAGAUGUAAUUUAAUCAUUUGUUUCAUAGACAUAUAAAUCGGAAAUUUUUAUAAUUAUUAAGCAUGGAUUCAUUUGAAUCCAGAAAGUGAUUAGAGCAAAAAGUUGCAGAAUUAUUGCUUUGGCUGAAGUUCAAAAUCUCAGCCAAAUUAAUUGUUUCAAAAGCAUUCUUAAGUCGCUUGGAUAUCUCUAAGGCAAGAUUAAUUUCUAGCUCGGCAACCCCUCUUAUGUUUCUAGCUCAGCAACCCCUCUUAUGUUUCUAGCACGGCAACCACUCAUGUUUCUA